AUGGCCGCCGCCGAUCGUGUCCUCCACUUCCUCCGCGGGCCAACAGGCUCUCCGGCCGCCGCUGCCCCCGCCCGCGCGGCUCGCCGGGGUCUUCCACAGACGCAUCGCCUCCACUUCAGGCAGGCUCCUGCGGGGACGCGGCGCGCGUCCGUGUCCUGCCGCAGCUCGAGCACCAGCAGCAGCUCUGGCGGGGAGGGGAGACCGAUGUACAAGGAUGCCGGUGUGAACGUCGACGCCAGCAACGAGUUUGUGCGCCGCAUCGCCAGGAUGACACCCGGGAUUGGCGGCUUCAGCGGUCUCUUCGCUUUGGGGGACGACUACCUUGCUGCUAGCGCUGACGGAGUGGGGACAAAGCUGAAGCUUGCUUUCGAAACUGGUAUUCAUGAUACAGUUGGCAUUGACCUGGUGGCAAUGUGCGUCAAUGACAUCAUAACUUCAGGUGCAAGACCGCUGUUCUUCCUAGAUUACUAUGCAACGAGUAAGCUUGAUGUUGAUGUUGCAGAGAAGGUUAUCAAGGGGAUUAAGGUUGGGUGCCAACAAUCAGGUUUUGCUCUCCUAGGAGGGGAGACAGCAGAAAUGCCUGGUUUCUAUGCAGAGGGUGAAUAUGAUCUAUGUGGUUUUGCUUUGGGUAUUGUGGAAAAGGAUAAAGUCAUUGAUGGAAAUAACAUUGUUAAGGGAGAUGUCCUUAUAGGUCUUCCUUCCAGCGGGAGUAUUGAAGAAAAGUGGACUUUCCUUGAGUGA